AUGGUCAUCACCAUCAUCAUCGUGGUCAUCAUCAUCACCAUCAUCAUCGUGGUCAUCAUCAUCACCAUCAUCAUCGUGGUCAUCAUCAUCACCAUCAUCAUGGUCAUCACCAUCAUCAUCGUGGUCAUCAUCAUCACCAUCAUCCCCAUCAUCACCAUCAUCAUCGUGGUCAUCAUCAUCACCAUCAUCAUGUGGUAUGUGUACAACGUGACUCGCAACGAGUAUCCGACAUCGGACGAGCUCGCUGCCCUCGACGUCGUCUUUGUCUCAGGCUCGCACCACUCAGCAACACAGACAGAGACUCCUUGGAUCGCUGCUCUUCACUCGUUCCUUGCUCGCGGCUGGUCUGAUCUCGAUGUUGCACCGUGCAAGCUCGUCGGCAUCUGCUUUGGCCACCAGAUCACCGCCGCUGCUCUCGGCGGAACCGCUGGCAAGAACCCGUCGGGCUCCAUGCGGUUCGGCGUGGAGACGCUUGCCUGCGAGCCGGCGAUGGCCGAGCUGGCUGACGCUGUCGGGUCUCCGCUUCCCAUCGAUGCCGGCCUCCGCAUCCUGGUCACGCACGAGGACUGCGUCACCGAGCUCCCACCGUCGGCUACCCUCCUUGCCUCAUCCGACGGCGCCGCCGUCGAGGCCUUUGCCUGCCGUGACAUCGUCAUCGGCUUUCAGGGCCAUCCUGAGUUUGCCAAAGACGUCGAGAUGGCCGCCAUCCGCGCCCGCGCUAGCCUCACUCCCGACGAGGCCGUCUUUGCCGACGCCUCGGCUUCCCUCGAGCCGUCAAACAGUGAGCUCCGUGCCUUUAUCCGCGCCUUUGCCGCUGCAGAGUAAAAACACGCCAACACGCGCA